AUGAUCUUUUGGAAUAGAUUAAUGUCAUCAUUACCAAACUUUAUAUUGUUUGGAGUACUCAUAUUUACAUACAUCAUAUAUUUUAUUGUAAUUUAUUUAUUUUACAAAGACCAAUUUAAAACCAUAAUUUGAUGGAUUAACUUAUGAAAUCAUCAUAUAACAUUUAUUUAUUCUUAUAUUUCUAAUUUCCUUAUUCAGAGCUAUGUAUCUAAAACCAGGACUUAUGUCAAAAGUUUUAAUUAUUUUUAUUUAGGAAACUAUUGAUGAAGCUUUGGAAUAAAUGAAAAGAUUUCAAUAAUUAGAUAAAGAGAUAACAGAUUAAAAAGAAAAAUAAAGUUUAAAAUCUGGUUCAAAAUUUAAAGCAGAAAAUGAAGAAGUUAAAUGUUUAGUCAAUCUUGAUAGUGAAACAAUUAUUAUUGAAGAAGAAAAAACAAUAAAAUUAGAUCAAAACCUAAAUACUCAAUCUUAAAGAUUUUGUAAAAAAUGUUGUAUACCUAAACCCCCAAGAGUUCAUCAUUGUUCAGCAUGUAAUAAUUGUUGGUAGAAAAUGGAUCAUCAUUGUUUAUGGAUUAACAAUUGUGUUGCUAAAGAUAAUUAUAAAAUGUUUAUUUGUAUGGUCUUUUUUAAUAAAUUUAAAAUUAGAGACUUUCUUUUAAUUUGGGUCACUAUUUCAUAAUAUAAUGUUUUUUAGAUGUUAAUAACAAAUGAUGUUUCAGAUAUUUCAGAUUUAAAACUCUAUUUAAUAGUGCUACAUUUCUAUUUAAUAUUCCUUCUUUCUGUUCUGAUAUUUGGAUUCUUUUUAUUUCAUAUUUACCUUAUAUCCUAAAAUAAAACAACCCUUGAACAACUUGAAGAUAAACCAGAUGUACAAUAAUUAUAAUCAUAAUAUUUAGAAACAUAAAUAUAAUAGAGGAAUAUGGCUUAAUUUUUAAUUUAUUUUAGGUUCAAAUAUUUUGUAUUGGUUUUUACCAAUCUAAUGA